UUGUGGGCGCACACAGGUCAGUCCAGAUGAGGCAGAGGGAAACUUGCAGUCAUCGUCACGUCUGACUGUAACUUCUGAGGAGACUUUGUAGCGAACAACGGAUCAGACUGACACAUUUUUUCCCCCAAGCCUCCUCUUUGGAAAUGAAGGACAUAUUUACUCCGGAUUAAAAAGCCGCUCUAUUUAUUAUAUUUACUUAUCAAUUUUCAGUCUAACUUUUUCCCCCCUGCCUUGCAUCUGCAACUAACAGCGCACUUUUGACGCACACAUACACUCAUACGAUGGCCGAUAACAAGCAUCCGCACGUUAUUUUCUGCGACGACUCUCCCAAAAGAGUUCUGGUCUCCGUCAUCAAGACCACCACGCCGAUCAAACCCAGGAAAGCCGAAGCGAUGACGCCGACCAGCCCCGGCUUCAGCGACUUCAUGGUCUACCCGUGGAAGUGGGGCGAGAACGCCCACAACGUGACUCUGAGCCCCGGCUCUGUGAGCGGAGCGUCGUCCCCUACAGGAACCCAGACAGCCAGAGAGGAGGACACGUCUCCUUCACCUGACCACUGCAAGGACAGUAUCCGUAGAGGCCGCCCGCGGGCUGACGCAGUUCGGGAGUUGAUCAACGAGGGAGAGACCUCGUCCAGCCACAUCCGCUGUAACAUCUGCAACCGAGUGUUUCCCAGAGAGAAGUCUCUCCAAGCUCAUAAGAGGACACACACAGGAGAAAGACCUUAUCUCUGCGACUACCCAAACUGCGGUAAGGCGUUUGUCCAGAGUGGUCAGCUGAAGACGCACCAGCGCCUGCACACUGGGGAAAAGCCUUUUGUCUGCUCAGAGAAAGGAUGUGGCAAUCGGUUCACUCAUGCCAACCGUCACUGCCCCAAGCAUCCCUUCUCCCGCCUGAAGAGGGAGGAACCAAAGGAGGGCCAGGGAAAGGCCCAGUCUGUGGAUAACAAGGCGGUGGCAGAGUGGCUGGCAAAGUACUGGAGAACCCGCGAGCAACGGGCCCCGACAACCACCAGGAUGAAGCCACAGGGCAAGCCAAGAGCCGAGGACCAGGAGCAGCAGGAUCCCAUGGAGUUUCUCCAGUCCGAUGAAGAGAACGGGGAAGAGGAAGAAAUCAUGGAGGAGGAGAAGGGUAACCAGGGAGGAGCUGCCAAGCGGCGCCUCCAGGAGCAACGAGAGCGCCUCCAUGGGGCUCUGGCACUCAUUGAGCUGGCCAACAACCUGUCAGCCUGAGCAUCUGGUCAUUUCCAGAUUGUGGACCCUGUUCCCGCGACCUCCAUUCCCAACCUGUCUUCCUGCAAUAUGUGCUGUAGCUACAAAAAAAAAUCAUUUACAAACACAGAUCGAAGACUAGUUUAGUUUGUCCCAUAAAGUUGUGAAACCAGACUUUGACAAAGAGUUGGCUCAAGAUCAGUGUUAUGCACCCCCCCAGCACCAGGAAGGCACAAGCUAAAGCACCUUAUUCAUCCUACAUUUUAUUCUUUUAGGCUGCUAUAAUUGUAGAUUUGACGAUAUGAAGAAUGUCUUUCUUUCUUCUGUCUUCUACGGGCAAAGAGAGAGAACCUGUUAUGUUUUAUUUGUUUUGUUUGCACUUUGAUGGUAACGAGUUUUUGUGUUGUGAGUGUAAAAGUGUGUGUGACUGACGUAUAUAUGUGGAUAAGCUCAGAUGGACAGAAGAAUACAGGGUGUGGCCAAAACAUAGGAAAUGUUAAGUUGCAUUCUAACAAAAAAAAACUCUCGCCAUGCUCCCAGCAAGGUUUCACCUGCAACCGUGUGGAUCAGAAUUUCAGCUUCACUGGUGCACUUACUCUUUCUAAAAAAGUGGUGUGCAACAGUGAGAAAAAAAGAACAGUCAGGGGAGCGUUGAUCAAUCAUGAUGUGAUCUGGUCAUUUUUGUUUUCAGUAUAUUUGUGAUCAUUGCAGGCCUAAUCUUAUCAGACAUAAAUCCAAGCUUUUACCACUAUGCCACUUGUCUCAGUAUCUAUAUAUUAACAAACAAUUACGGAGGGAAACAUCCACCCUACGCUGACUACCUACUGCCUUCUGGAUCGAGCUAAUAUGACAAUAGAGUGGUUUUAAGGUCAAGAGUACCUUUUGGACAUGGCUUACUUCCACUUUAACAGUUUCCUUAUAGUUAUAAGGGAAGUGGCCGUUGUUUAACAACCAGACGGGACACGUUUCACAAUGGAUGUCAAGUCACCUUUUAUAUUAAAAGGUUGCAGAUCAAUUAUGACACAGUCACAGCGUCACAGACGUCUGUUAUCACAUUUCAACAAGUUAAAUUAUGACAGUGUUUACUGACCUAACCUUUUGUUUUUGUUGAGUCAUUGAAUGAGAAAAGGGAAAUGGAUUCCUUCUGAACUAAAAUUCCCAAAAGUAUGUUACAUAAAUGUAGACAUCCCAAAAAAAGAUUUUUGAUAAAGCACUUAACUGCAUCGAAUACAUGGUCUUGGAUUAAGCUUGCAAUGCACUGAAGUAGAUUGGGGCUGUUGUACUUAUUUAGAAAAGUGGCACCCGUUUUUUCAUACAUUGACUUCUGUAGUGCGUGAAUUAUUGUUUUUAAAUUAAAUGCAACACUACAUCCCUUCAACACUGUAUGAUGCCUCUCAUAACUGCCCUGCUUAACAACAACCUGUCGGUCUCUAGCUGUGAUUUUUGAAUUUGUUUAGAUUCACAAAUGGCCCUCGUGGAGUUACGGUGAAACUGGAAGGCGUAAUUGUUGAUAAUCAAGACACCAAAUGAUUUAUUGUACCCAGUUAUAGUAUAUUUUGAAGCAUUUCUAACCCUUAGUCUAUUUUGUGGAUUGAGAAGAUUAUGGCAUUUUAAUAUAUACACGUUUUUGUUAGAAUGUUGAGUGUGCACAAUUUACAGAAAGCUUUGAUGUUGAGUUUUAGUUUCAGUUUUCCCUCCAACAGUUUUCAUAUUCUUGACAUGUAUAAAGUGAGCAUGCUUGCUUGGUAGAUACUUAAUUACUCAGAUUUCUCAAACUGUCCUCACUGUUAUAUCAUUGGUCUUCAAUAAACACUCACUGAACCCUGACCCUCA